UCUCUCUGCGUAAGAUAUUCUGGGAUGCAGGCAGGUUCCCUUUCCUCUUCCUCUCUGUAACUUACCAGCGAGGUGGGAGAAUGGCAAUUCCAUAAGACAAGAGAAGGGAAGUCUUCUGGGGCUCAUCUCAAAUACAAAGUCCAGGAACAUCAUUCUGCCUGCAAGUUCACAAGCCUUUAUGGACUUCUGCGAUGGAUCCCCCCAAGAUGUGUUAAUGGCUGCUGUCUGUGUUCUUCCCUGAGCUAAAGUCUUGAACUGCCUGUUGAAACAGGAGAACUGUCUGAGAAGCAUUGAGAACUUGAGCAGCAGCUUGGCAACCUGGACCUCGGGACAAUGGCAUCCAUUGGAGACUUUGACCCUGUGGACACCAGUGUUCCAGCAACUAAAAUAGAGAUCACUGUCUCUUGCAGGAGUCUACUGGAUAUGGACACCUUCUCCAAAUCUGACCCAGUGGUUGUUCUGUAUGUGCAAGGAGUUGGCAACAAGGAAUGGACAGAGUUUGGAAGGACGGAAGUUAUUGACAACACCCUGAACCCUGACUUUGUGCGCAAGUUUGUGUUGGAUUAUUUCUUUGAAGAGAAACAGAACAUGCGUUUUGACGUGUUCAAUGUGGAUUCCCGUAGCUGCAACAUAUCAAAGCAUAAGGAUUUUCUGGGACAAGCAUUUUGCACUCUUGGAGAGGUUAUUGGAUCCCCAAGGAGUCGACUGGAGAAGCCACUAACGGGGAUUCCGGGAAAGAAAUGUGGUACCAUUAUCUUAUCAGCCGAAGAACUCAGCAAUUGUCGGGACAUUGUCACUAUGCAGCUGUGCGCUAACAAACUGGACAAAAAAGAUUUCUUUGGCAAAUCAGAUCCCUUUCUGGUCUUUUACCGCAGCAAUGAGGAUGGCACAUUCACCAUUUGCCACAAGACAGAAGUGAUAAAGAACACGCUGAACCCAGUAUGGCAGCCGUUCACCAUCCCUGUGCGAGCGUUGUGCAACGGUGAUUAUGACAGGACAGUGAAAGUGGAUGUGUACGACUGGGACAGGGGAGGAAGCCAUGACUUCAUAGGGGAGUUCACUACAAGCUACAGAGAGUUAUCUCGAGGCCAGAGUCAGUUCAGCGUUUACGAGGUGCUAAAUCCAAAAAAGAAGUGCAAAAAGAAGAAAUACAUAAAUUCUGGAACAGUGACUCUCCUGUCCUUCAAGGCUGAAUCAGAAUACACAUUUGUAGAUUAUAUCAAAGGAGGGACGCAAUUAAACUUCACAGUGGCCAUUGAUUUUACAGCAUCGAACGGAAACCCUUCCCAGCCCACCUCUCUGCACUACAUGAACCCCUACCAGCUCAAUGCAUAUGGCAUGGCACUGAAAGCCGUCGGAGAAAUUAUCCAGGACUAUGACAGUGACAAACUGUUCCCAGCAUAUGGCUUUGGCGCCAAGAUUCCGCCAGAUGGCAAGAUUUCCCAUGAGUUCCCUCUGAAUGGUGAUCUAGAAAACCCAAAUUGUGUGGGAAUUCAGGGGGUGCUGGAAGCAUAUUUUAAAAGCCUUCGAACAGUUCAGCUGUAUGGACCAACCAACUUUGCGUCUGUCAUUAAUCAGGUGGCCAGGGCCGCCGGGGAUGUUACUGAUGGAUCCCAAUAUUACGUUCUACUGAUCAUCACUGAUGGAGUCAUUUCUGACAUGGUCCAGACCAAAGAGGCAAUUGUUAAUGCUUCGUCACUACCAUUGUCUGUUAUUAUAGUUGGAGUUGGCCCAGCAGAAUUUGAUGCAAUGGAAGAGUUGGAUGGAGACGAGGUGCGUGUCUCAUCCCGGGGACGUUAUGCAGAACGAGACAUUGUGCAGUUUGUGCCAUUCCGUGAUUAUGUAGAUCGUUCUGGCAACCAAGUCCUCAGCAUGGCUCGACUGGCCAAGGACGUCCUAGCCGAAAUCCCAGAGCAAUUCCUCUCCUACAUGAAAUCCCGCGAUAUCAAACCUCGUCCUCUUUCUCAGUCUGGCCCAGUGCAGAACCUCCCUAUGCACAUCUGAGCACGAGCUACAAAGUGUAUUUUUGCACAGGAUGGGGAUACCCCCCCCCUCCAGUACUUUUAAGUACAGGGUAAAAGCUUUGCCUAUAACCCCUUUGCUAGGUCUGGCAUCUACUUAGUACAGGGAAAAAACUGCAA